AUGGAGUUAGCUUUUCUUGAAUACCAGUUUGAUCUCAUAGCUUUGACGAUUCGUCACAUAGAAAAUAACAGAAGGAAAAGGAGAAAAAGAAAAAGACGUGAGGUAUGGAUGAGAUCAUGGAUGGGAAGGCGAAGGCAGUUUGGCAUUUACGACCAACUUCUGGUGGAACUCCGAAGCGAGGAUACGCGAUAUUUCAAGAACUUUAUGCGGAUGGUCCCCGAGAUGUUUGAUGAGCUUCUGGCAAGAGUGAGUCCCAGGAUCACCAAGAAACAUACCUGGUAUAGGCGACCCCUGGAGCCUGGGCUGAAGCUCUCUUUGACUUUGCGACACCUUGCCUCUGGGAGCACGUAUUCAGCCAUGAAGUACGGAUGGAGGGUCCCCCACAACACCCAGUCACUUAUUGUCAGAGAGGUUUGCCAAGCCAUCAUCGACGAAUACAUGUCCGAAGUAAUGACCUGCCCUACCACGCCAGAGGGAUGGCGUGCCAUAUCUGAUAAGUUCCUCAAGAGGUGGAACUUCCCCCAUACAUGUGGUGCUAUAGAUGGAAAGCACAUUGCCUGCAAGUGUCCACCAAAAAACGCAGAUUAUAAAUUCAUCUGGGCAGACCUCGGUGGUAAAGGGUCAUCAUCGGACGCACAGAUCUACAACAACUCUGAAAUCAAAGAAUUAACAGAAGACGGAACUAUAGGAUUCCCCGCCCCCGAUGCUUUACCAAAUGACUAUCAGAGUGUCCCCUACUUCUUUGUAGGUGACGAUGCCUUUGCCCUCCGAGAGACAAUGAUGAAGCCAUACAGCCGCCGUGGUCUACACCAUGAAGAGAGGAUAUUUAACUACAGGAUUUCCCGCGCCAGAAGAGUAGUUGAAAACGCUUUCGGCAUCCUGACGAAUCGUUUCCAGGUUCUGUUAACUACAAUGCAGCAUCACACUGCUACAGUGAAGCUCAUCGUUAAAGCUUGUAUUGUCCUGCACAAUCUCAUGAGGAUACGCUACCCUGAAUUACAGAACCAGCAUCUAGACCAUGCAGAGAACAUGAACAACAACUUCAUUCCUGGAUCAUGGAGACAAGACAGAAUGAUUUAG